GUCCCUGUAGAGGAGAGCAUGGGAACAGAGUAGUGUGUGGAGCGUCGUUUUCUCUCCUCGCUGAUCCCAAUGAUGCUGCCGCUCAAGUGUUGCAUGCUGAAGAGUCCAGACGCUCUGUGAGAGAGCUUUGGCCCCGAUAGGAUGAAGGCUCGAUCUGCAUUUGGAAACGAGGGGAACUGAAGAUGAAGAUAAGAGUGUACCAAGGGGUUAGUGGCAUCAUCAUCGUCACCAUGGUUACCAGUUUUAUGUUGGUGUACAACAACAGCUCUGGUGGCAGUUCAUCUCCUUCAGCGGCGUCAUUAUUAUCGUCCCACCGCUCAGAUGGACCAUCUACGAAAAAGCCAGAGAGACCACAGAGAGUCCCAGCGUCAACACUCGAAGGGUACACAGGUGUCAUGGAUCAUAAGCCCCUGAAGAUGCACUGUAGGACUUGUGCCCUGGUGACGAGCUCCGGUCAGCUAACUGGAAGCAAGAGAGGUGGAGAAAUCGACCGCUCUGAAUGUGUAAUCCGUAUGAAUGAUGCUCCCAGCAUAGGCUAUCAGCAGGAUGUUGGCCAGCGCACAAGCCUACGUGUUGUAGCUCACUCCAGCCUGCAGAGGGUGCUGCGGAGCCGACAGGAGCUGUUUAAUGCAAGCCAGGACACAGUGUUCAUCUUCUGGGGACCCAGCAGCUGCAUGAGACGGGAUGGAAAAGGCAACGUUUACAACAACCUCAGGCUGUUAAACCAGCUUCUGCCCAAACUUAAAGUCUACAUCAUUUCCCGGAUCAAAAUGCUGAAGUUUGAUGAACUAUUUAAAAAAGAAACAGGGAUUGAUAGGAAGAGUUCCAACUCCUGGCUGAGUACCGGCUGGUUCACCAUGGCCAUAGCCCUGGAGCUGUGUGAAAGGACCAACGUGUUUGGCAUGGUGCCACCUGAUUUCUGCAGAUCCUCCUCCCAUCCCUCUGUGCCGUAUCAUUACUAUGAACCCUCUGGGCCCAGUGAGUGCUCCAUGUAUCUCUCCCACGAGAGGAGUCGACGAGGAAGCCAUCAUCGCUUCAUCACAGAGAAGAUGGUGUUUGCAAACUGGGCUCGAACUCUCAAUAUCCACUUUUACCGGCCAGACUGGAAACCCGGUGCAGCCAUCACCAUCAUGAACAGCUCAUACACUUCAGUUCCAGCUGGAUCCUGAGAAAUCCCUCCAGAGACGAUCUCCAGAAGUGUACAAUAUGUGUGUGGACAGUUUCCAGUGUGUAGCUUCUCUCUGCGGCUAAAAUGAAUGCAUAGGACAGAACAAGCAACUGCUGUGGCUGUUAGCCUACUGCCUAAGCUGCUUGGCAAAAGCGGAAUCAUUGCAUAAUAGCAGUACAAAGCCUCAACAAUGUUUUGGAAGUGUAACUAAUAAUAGGAUGAAUUUCAUACUGGAAUCAAAGCCAUGGAGCUUGGCUCAAAUCUGU